AUGGGCUCGGCUUGUCUCACCUGUGCCUCUACCUACUGCCUGUUCUUGGUGUCAGCCCUCAGCCUGGUCCUCCUGGUCAGCAGCUCUGCCCUGGCCACCCAUCAUGGAGACAGUCCGUCAAGAAGAUCACCUAAGCUUAAAAUGGAUCAAGCAGUUCUUCUGAUUCACAAUGAGAUACAUGAGAAAUUUUACAUCUAUUGGCGUUCUGAUCAGUGCUACCAGUGCCUCUUUCAGACUUUAUCUGUCACAAGCCCAACAAAAGGGAGAGACACUGAAAUGGCGAUAGUAGAUACACGACAUGCUAUCACCCUGCAGCUUAACAAUACCUCAAAUGUAGAACUCUGUCGAGUGCACUACAGAUUUAGAGAGUUUGGGAAUUAUUCUUUGUGGGUAAAGUCCAACUAUUCCGGUACCAAAGAUGUAACGUGUGGCAUAAUAAUCAAUUAUAACCCUGGAUACACCAACUUCCCCAUUGUUAUAGCGGCGUUUGUCUAUGUGGCCAUUUUUAUUGUCCUGACCGUGGGAUCGUUUUUAUUAAGGUGGAGCCCUGUCAAGAAUUGGUUAUGCAAACAGAUCAAUCCUACUGAAACAGACCGGCUCAUUAAUUCUGAGCUUGGCUCUCCAAGCAGGGCUGAUCUCUGUAGCCAAGAUGCCCAUCUUGCUACAUGGACAACUGUACCCCAGCGGCUGCGAUCAUUGGAUACCUUUAGAGGGCUUGCUCUUAUGAUAAUGGUGUUUGUGAAUUAUGGCGGAGGAGGGUAUUGGUUCUUCAAACACCAGAGUUGGAAUGGGUUGACAUUAGCAGACCUUGUCUUUCCAUGGUUUGUGUUUAUCAUGGGAACAUCCAUCCAUCUGUCCUUAAAUUCAAUGCUGCGAAAAGGGAACUCCAGAUGGAAGCUGUUUUGGAAAGUUCUUUGGAGAAGUAUUCAGCUAUUCCUCAUUGGAAUAUUUGUGAUAAACGAGAAUUAUUGCCGUAGCCCAUUGUCAUGGAGUGAUAUUCGGAUAAUGGGUGUUCUUCAGCGCCUUAGCUUGACCUACUUAGUGGUUUCUGUUUUGGAGUUGCUAUUUACUAAACCGCUACCAGAUGCUCUUCCUCAGAAUCGGACUUGUUUUCUUAUGCAAGAUGUGGUUAUGUUCUGGCCACAGUGGCUUAUAAUUUUGGCUUUGGAAGCUGCUUGGCUUUGCCUGACUCUAUUGCUACCUGUUCCUGAAUGCCCCACGGGUUAUCUUGGACCUGGAGGUAUUGGAGAUUUGGGCAAAUAUCCAAACUGUACAGGUGGGGCAGCUGGCUACAUUGAUCGGUUAGUUCUUGGUGAAAAUCAUAUAUAUCAGCAUCCAUCAUCCAAUGUAAUUUAUAAAACAACCGUGCCUUAUGAUCCAGAAGGAAUAUUAGGAACACUGAAUUCCAUUGUGAUGGCAUUUCUUGGGCUCCAGGCUGGCAAAGUUCUUGUGUUCUACAAGAAUCAACAUAAGCAGAUCAUGGUGAGGUUUUUCACAUGGAGUGUUGUUAUGGGUGUUAUUUCUGCAAUUUUGACAAAAUGUUCUAUGAAUGAAGGUUUUAUUCCAGUAAACAAAAAUCUGUGGUCCAUCUCUUAUGUGACAACCCUCAGCUGCUUUGCUUUCUUCCUGUUACUGAUCAUUUAUUUCUUGGUGGAUGUUAAACGGUACUGGAAAGGUGCCCCAUUUUUUUAUCCUGGAAUGAACUCUAUUCUUGUUUAUGUUGGCCAUGAAGUAUUUGAAAAUUAUUUCCCUUUCAAGUGGAAGAUGCAAGACAGCCAGUCUCAUGCUCAGCACCUCACCCAAAACCUUGUUGCCACUUCCAUCUGGGUGCUGAUUGCCUAUAUCCUUUACAAAAAGAAGAUAUUCUGGAAGAUUUGA